CUGUUCUUAGAUGAACUGAUUUCCACAGCAACAUGCAAAGGAAGAAGAGCUGGAUAUUCUGGUGGCUGAUGUCUUUUGUGUCUUAUGACAUGCUUUAUCAGAAUUGGGUAUCAGGACAUGAUUCCUGUGAGUCUAAAUGCAAUAUAACAUCUAACAUAGGUCGCAAUCAUACCGAGUGUUGUAUGAAUUAUACAGACGAUGUUUUGAGAACUGGAAACCUCAUUGACACUAUGACAGCCAUUAGGACUCUAGAAAGUGUUCUAGAGAGAACAGAGGUGAAUGUGAGCAUGCAAGUGUGUGUCAAGACUUUUGUGGCGCUUCUGCACAAACCCAAUGAUACCUUUGGAGGCCUUAAAAUUUAUGCUGAUGACACACAGGUAACGCCAGAUGUGCCUCUUCUCAACAGUAAAGUCAUUGUCCAGCUGCCAAGAGAACUGGGUGCUGGACCGAAUAACAAGAUUGUGUUCUGCAUGUUUAAGUGGCCUGAAAUGAACAAGAGCAUUCUUGAAAGCCCACAUGAAGUAUAUGAUCAAAGACUGGUUGGUCUGAGUGUGCAGGACAAGAAGAUAUCAGGAAUGCAGGAGCGCAUCAACAUCACAAUGGAGUUUACCAAGGAUAUCGACGAAACUCAAAAACCCUCGUGUCAUUACUUUAAUUAUUCAACAUGCAAUUUUAGUGAGGAUGGCUGCCUCACACACUGGACACGUGGUCAGAGUAACAUCACCUGUUCCUGUAACCACCUCACAUACUUUGGUAUCCUCAUAAUACCUGAUCCUUCCAUCACAAAGAAAGACCAAGAGAUUUUAACACACAUUACUGUGAUUGGCUGUAGUAUUUCCCUUUUUGCUUCGGUCAUAGCCAUUUUGCUCUUUAUUACAAACAGAAAACUCAGACAAGAUGUCUCUAUGAAGGUCCACAUCAACCUUGUAAUUGCCCUGAUGCUCCUCAACCUGCACUUCCUGCCCAGUCAGGCAGUGGCAGCAGGGUCUUCCUCUGGACUUUGCUUAUACAUGGCUCUUUUACUUCAUUAUUCCCUGCUGGCCACUUUCAGCUGGAUGGCCUUGGAAGGGUUCCACUUAUAUCUUCUCUUAGUCAAAGUCUUCAACAUCUAUGUCAAGAAAUACCUGCUCAAACUCAGCAUGGUGGGAUGGGGCGUCCCUGCAGUGAUUGUGUCAGUGGUGGUGAUCAUAGACAGAAAGUUUUAUGGUCAGGUUGCUCUGGAAACAUCCACCUCUACAAUAUGCUAUAUAACCAAUUACUACGUGAAAAUAUGGACUACAGUGGGACUGUUCAGCUUGGUGUUCCUCUUUAAUGUAAUCAUGUUUGGGAUGACAAUCAGACGUGUUUUGAUUCUCCACCACACCAGAGAGUUUGGGCAGAAUAACUUUGAGAAAGCAAAGAAAGACAUUUGCUCCUUGGCUGGAGUCAUGACUCUGCUCGGCAUUACCUGGGGCCUGGUCUUCUUCUCAUUCGGCCUCCUGACCACUCCUGUCCUCUACCUCUUCUGCAUCCUGAACUCACUGCAAGGUUUCUUCAUCUUCCUUUGGUUUGUGAUGUCACUGAGAAAGGCUAAAACCUCGGCUACUAAGAUGAGCAGUGAAACACGCAGCAUUAACAGCUAGUAGCAACACCUCCAUAAGAAUCUGUGUGUGUUGGUAUAAUUCAUAUUGUAAUACAGUGACAACAUGAUUAUUUCUUCUUCAAAUCAUGAUGUUUAUUUAUAGAACAGCACAGCAGAGAAGGCAGCUGAGCAAGUGUGAACAUUAUUGUUAUGGUUGAAGUUUUAUUGGUGAAAUACAUGGCGUAAAAGAUUUGUGGUAACGAAUUAAUCUCUCCUAAGAGCAACUUAGAGGAUGGGUUCCCUAUGUAUUGUAAGCUUUUCCAUAUUUGAGCACUUCAGAGAGUAAAAGUAAAGGGAUAACUACAGAAUACUGUCUUUAUUAGUUUUCUGCCUAAAGUCAGUUAUUUACA